AUGCGUAAAUGGAAUUACUUGGGGCUUGUCGUAUGCUGGUCUUUGUUACACUGCAUCGGGAGACCGGUCUCGGCUCAGAUACGAUACUCUGUUCCAGAGGAGGUGAAAAAGGGAACUGUUGUUGGAAAUAUUGCUAAGGAUUUAGGUCUUGAUGCUGGCUCUUUGGUGGAAAGGCGGUUUCGUAUCGUGUCUGGAUCGGAUGAACCUCUUUUCGAGGUAAACCAGAACAAUGGCGUUUUGCUCGUCCAUAGAAGUAUUGAUAGAGAAGCCUUGUGUGACGCAAGCACUGCAUGUUUGUCUAAUCUAAAGAUUGUCGUCGAGAACCCACUUGAAAUUCACUACGUGGACGUGGAGAUCACAGAUGUUAACGACCACUCUCCUAAAUUCCCUGAUAGCGAGGAGCAUUUUGAAAUGGGGGAGCUGACCAUAGUCGGCACUCGCUUUCAGGUACAGGGCGCAGCUGAUCCUGACGUGGGUAUGAAUUCCGUACGCUUUUAUAAACUGAAUCAAAAUGAACAAUUUGAUAUUGAGACAAAGGAAAGACAUGGAGAGAAAAUACCAUUCAUUGUUUUGAAGAAAUCAUUGGACAGGGAAAGUCAGAGUACACAUCGGCUUGUUCUAACAGCUAUAGAUGGAGGUAGCCCUCCAAAAUCAGGCACCUUAAAUAUCACGGUUACGGUGCUAGAUUCAAAUGACAACCGUCCUGUGUUUACACGGGAGACGUAUGCUGCAGAUCUGAAAGAAAAUGUACCCAUUGGAACGACUGUAAUCAAAAUAAAAGCAACAGAUCCAGAUGAAGGUUCUAAUGGUGAAGUUGAAUAUUCACUUGGUAGAAAUUUACAUCGUAAAGUUUAUGAAGUGUUUCAGUUAGAUAGCACAACAGGUGAAAUAACAGUUAAAGGAAAUGUGGACUAUGAAGACACUCAGAUAUACAAAUUAGACGUGGUAGCUUCAGAUAAGGGACAGCCGCCUUUGACGGUAGAAUCCGGCCUCAUCAUCAAAAUUAUUGACGCCAAUGAUAACAGUCCAGAUAUCGACGUCACCUCAGUUUCUAACGUUGUAUCUGAGGAUUCCAAACCUGGGACUGUUAUUUCAUUGAUAAGUGUGACAGACAAAGACUCGGGUGACAAUGGGAAAGUAACGUGUUCUCUGGCAGACAAUGUGCCAUUUGAACUGAAGCCAUCGUUUAAAAAUAACAUGUACUCUUUGGUAACUAAAGGCCAUUUGGAUAGGGAAGUAACCGCACACUACGACAUAACAAUAACAGCCACCGACUUUGGUCAGCCUCCCCUGUCUACCUCAAAAACUCUGAAAGUAGAGAUAUCAGACGUGAACGAUAACAGUCCACAUUUUCCCCAGAGCCCUCUGGAGCUGUAUCUGAAUGAAAACAAUGCUCCUGGCGCUUCUAUUUUCUCUGUAAGUGCAUUCGACAAAGACUUGGAUGAGAACGCUCUCAUUACAUACCACAUUGUCAGAAAUGAUGACGCACAAAACGACAUGGUGUCCUUCCUAAACAUUAACGCUGAGAACGGACACAUCCAUGCGCUGAAAAGCUUUGACUUUGAAAAAGUGAAAACCUUUCAGUUUGCAGUUCUUGCCAAAGACUCGGGAAGUCCCCCUCUCAGCAGUAACGUUACAGUCAAAGUCUACAUUCUAGAUCAAAACGAUAACACACCAGUCAUCCUGUCCCCUGUUAGUGCCAAUGGCUCGGCAGAGGGUAUUGUGGAGAUCCCUCGCAACAUGAACUCUGGGAACUUGGUCACCAAAGUGAGAGCCUGUGACGCAGAUGUUGGAUAUAACGGCUGGCUACUGUUUUCUCUCCAAGAAGUUACUGACCACACACUCUUCAGUCUGGAUCGUUACACGGGGCAGAUACGCACACUUCGGGCCUUCACAGAGACAGAUGAGGCGGAGCAAAAGCUCAUUGUUGUGGUCAAAGACAACGGGAACGUUUCUCUUUCAGCUACUGCUACGGUAUUCGUCACACUUGUUGAGCCAAAAGAGGCCUUCGCGGCAUCAGAUGUCAAAAGCGCAGCAAACAGCGAAGAUGAGGACAAUGUCACAUUUUAUUUGAUAAUCACCUUAGGUUCAGUGUCAGUGCUAUUUAUCGUCAGUAUCAUAGUUCUGAUAGCCAUGCAGUGCUCUAAGUCCACAGACUAUUCGUCCAAAUAUUUGCAAGACACGAACUAUGAUGGAACUUUAUGCCACAGCAUCCAGUACAGAUCUGGAGACAAGAGGUACAUGCUGGUUGGACCCAGAAUGAGUAUCGGUUCCACUAUAGUUCCUGGCAGCAAUGCGAAUACUCUUGUGGUUCCAGACCGAAGGAGUAGAGGGUCUAUUGAGGUAAGACGUCUUUCAUGUGUCCAUAUGCUCUCAGCACCUGUCGUGCUCUCAAAACCUGUUGCUGUAUGCUGGUGUGUUUCAUAUUCUGCGUACAGUUGCUUCCUGCGAUGA